AUGCGCUUCACAUCCUCCGUCCUACUUCUCGCGGCCACCGGCUUGGCUGCCCAGGUCGCCGGAGCUUCAAUCGGCUCCCAUGCCCACGAGGCUGCGAGAGGCCUUGAAAACCCCGUUGCUGUGAGAGAAAGCAACCACAGCCGACGACAGCUUAGACGCCGCCAAAACCGCUUCGGAGGUGGCAAUAGAUUUGGAGGCAACAACGGCGGCCAGAACGCCAACAAUGCCGCCAACACUGGAGGAAACAACGGCGGCCAGAACGCAAACAAUGCUGCCAACAAUGCCGCCAAUACUGGAGGUAACACCGGUAACACCGGUAACACUGGCAACAACGGUGGAGGCAACAAUGGCGGAGCGAACCCGACUUGCUUAGCAGCCAAUGCUGUGCAGACUGGCAGUGCUGCGACUGGCCAAACUAACGAUGUUGCUGCAGCUGGUCAAGUUAACUCGGCAACUGACCCUGCCAACUUCAUCAACUUCUGCUCCGGACAGACCGUCACCAAUGGUUUACAAAACACUGACGGCUCGUGCAAUGGAGUUGUUAUGGGAAAAAUCCCCGCCAAGAACAAGAUGGUUUCUAGCAUGAUCAUCAAUCCCCAGCCAGGUCAAGUCUUGGAGCCACUCACCACCUUCAAUGUUGAAGUUCAGAUGGCCAACUUUGCACCUGGCUCCUUCACCAACGCGGCAAACACAUAUUACUCUGCCCCGCAAAAUCUCGACGGCCAAGGCCAAAUCAUUGGCCACACUCAUGUCACUAUCCAGGACAUGGGAAACAGCUUUACCCCCAAAGAUGCUCUUGAUGCCACAGCAUUCGUCUUCUUCAAGGGAAUCAAUGAUAAUGGAAACGGCCAAAACCUUCUUUCUGCGGUAGUCACCAAUGGGCUUCCAGAGGGAUUCUACCGAAUCUGCACUAUGAGCUCAUCCGCCAACCAUCAGCCUGUACUUAUGCCUGUAGCUCAACGUGGUGCUCAAGAUGAUUGCACUAAGUUCCAGGUCAAGGCGGGUGGCAAUGGAGGCAACGCAAACCAGGGAAAUGCCAACACCGGUGGCAAUACCGACAACGGAGGCAAUACCAACACUGGAGGCAAUACCAACACUGGAGGCAAUACCAACACUGGAGGCAAUGCCAACAACGGAGACAAUACCGACAACGGAGGCAAUGCCAACAACGGAGACAAUACCAAUGGUAACGGCGGGGCUGCUGAUACAACUUCUGCAGCUGACGCCGCUGCUACAACCGAUGCCGCCGCUGAUGCAACUUCGGCAGCUGACGCCACUGCUACAACCGAUGCCGCUGCUGAUACAACUGAUGCCGCCGCUACGACCGAAGCCGCCGCUGCCACGACUACCGCAGCUACAAAAAACGGUGGCAAAGGUGGCAAGGGACGCGGAGGAAAGGGAAACCAAAGCGGGAACACCAAUGGCAACACGAAUGGCAACGGUGACGCUGCAGCUUCGUCAGUAGUCGACAACAAUAACGCUGCCACUACCGCUGCUGAUGUCCCAGCCACCUCUAGCACCGCCAUCGCAAUGAACAAGGCCGGCAAUCUCGGUGGAGCCGCGCCACCAGUGCUUAACAGUGGUGACGCCAAGCGACCCUUCUGUGUCAAAGACAACACCUUCACGAACCGCGCCACGGCAGUGCAGCGCUCAUGUGACAUCCAGUUCAAUGCGUGCGCCGAUGCGAUGAACGGUGGGAAGCUGCCGGGGGUCACAAUGUCGGACUGCAAUGCGCAGAAGCAAGCGUGCAGCAAGCAGGGAUAGUGGCUGGUUUGGAAUCGGGUGUCUGUAUAAGUAGAUUGGAGGUGAUGCCUCGUUGUCUGUUUGUUUUCCAUUUCAUGAAGAUGACUCGGGGUUUUUUUUUAGGAUUUUAUCAAUAUAUAUGUGGUGCUUAUGAUUAUAAA